AUGUCCCCGUCCCCAUUCUUGUCCCCCUCCCCAGCACCUCCUAAAUAUAGCUGGCGCUGUUGGGACCCGUGUCCUGGGGGUGGCCAUGUGUGCCACGGGGCUGCUGGAAAUGGGGAAACUGAGGCAGGGAGGAGCUGUGCCCCCACCGUGACUCCAGCCCUGUUCCUGACCGCAGCCCUGGCUCUGGGGGGCACCCAGACCACCCUGUGGGGCACCCAGACUGCCCUCCCCGACCACCGCGUCUCCCUCGAGACUGGAGCCAUCUUUGUCCAUGAGCUGGAGAGGGAGCUGUUCCAGGAAGCCUUCCUCAGUGAGAGCGAGGAGGAGGAUGGAGCCCCCCCCAUCACCUUCCAUGCCCACCUCUGGGAACACCCCGACCUGCCCCGGUGGCUGCGCUGCGCCCAGCGUGGGUCCCACAGCUCAGCAUUCCUCUAUGGCAGCCCCACUGCUGCAGAGGUGGGCACGCAUAUCAUCGAGGUAAGUGCAAAGUGCACGGCCUCGUGCAAAGUGCUUGACUCAGUGCAACCCCGUGCAAAAUGCACAGCCCUGUGCAAAGUAUAUGGCCUUUGUGCAAAGCGCAUGACCCCGUGCAAAGCGCAUGACCCCGUGCAAAGUGCAUGAUCCCGUGCAAAGUAC